GAGGAAGACUAGAGAUUUUUAAGGAUCUUAAAAAUUCUGAUCUUGUAAUUGCAUGUGAGCUUGAUAUAAAAUAUCCUUAUACAAUACUACUUUAUGAUUAUCUUAUAACAACUCAGAUUUUAGCGGUUGGCAAAAUAGAAGUAUGGUUGCAAAAAGCUAUCAAAAAAACUAAGAUAAAAGCAAGCUUCUUUGAAGCUAUCAUACAUAUAGCCAUUGAUAGUUUUUAG